ACACAAAUUAAAAUCUUGAUUUAAAUCAUUUAAAAAAUUAAAUCACCUUGGCAUACUGGAGCUGCUUGUCUACUUAUAUACUUUUUACUGUAAUAAUAAACCAAGCAGAUUAGGUUUUACAUAACUGUCAAUAUCAACUUCUUUGAAAAGCUCAUAAACCUUAGAUUUCACAAGUAAAAAUUUUUCCUAGUUAAGGUGGACUUUGCUUAUGCAAAUAUAAGUUGAAGAGACGGAACAAAAACGAUUUUAAAGUAACAUGAGAUAUUGGCAUUUCUUAAACCUAGAGACUUGACUAGAAAAUCUCUAUUAUAAUUUUUAACAUAAUGAAAUAUAUGAAAAGGCAAAGAGUAUGGCACUGCAAAAAAUAAUGAUAAUAAACCCAGUAAUUUAUGACUGACAAAGUUAUAAGAGGAUAUCAAGCAGUUGCUAGUGGGUAAAGUCCAUCUAGGAAACACAUCUGUGAGCUUUGCCCACUUUAACUUUUUCUGCCUGUAAUCUAAGGGAUACCAUUCAUUUUGAGACAAGCAAUGGAGGCAAAGUUUGUACAUGAAAGUGAGGGUCUAACUUUCUGGCUAGCCAGACCACAAGACUAUGAAGAGGUGAUGGCCAUAUCACAUGACAUCUACCAAGGCAAUGACUACCUUCCACAUCGUUAUCACACUUGGAUGACUGAGCAUGACAGAGUGGUCAUAAUUGGCAGGAGAAAUGGAAAGCUGGUGGCACUGGACUCUGCACUGGUGGUUGAUGGAGGGCAAACAGUGGUGUUGGAGGGAUUAAGAGUGUGUCCAAGUGAAAGGGGACAUGGAGUGGCUGGAGUUAUCCAAAGAGUCACUGACAGCUACAUUAAGCAAGUGUACCCAAGUGUAACAACCAAACGACUGACAAGACAUGAUAACCCAGGCCCUGAAAAACUCUCCAAGUUUACUUUUCUGGCUUGCCGGGCUGUUCUGUCUUUGUGCGGAGACGCUGAGAGUUUUGAAGGAUUUGUCUCAGGCCUGAAAUCAAAACUAGAAAAGACAGAGAAAUUAAAUGGGACCUACAGCAACCAGCAAAAAUUAUUUGUUCUAAAGGACGGCUAUCAGCUUAAAGCUCUACUCUUGGACAAUGAUCUUUCCUUGAGACUUCAGCUUCCUGGAGGUGCCAUCAUCCAAGACUGGCAACCUCUGAAACCAAUGGAAAGCAACCUGGAAAUUUUAGAAAGGCGAAACCUAACUUGGUUGGUUGACUGUUUCAAUGAAAAACCAAUGUUUAUGAGCUUUCACACACCGCCGUAUCCUGUGCCAUUUAGUGGAGGUGCUUUGCGGUUCAACAUAGACAUGUUUGGUACUGAUGUAUCUUUUGCAAGAAAGGCACUGAUAGCUCAUUUAGAGCAGGUAUUUGAGGAGAUUCAAGGUACAGUCUUGGUUCAUAUUUACAUGCCCCAAACAUUUUGGGAAGACAUGAGACAGUUUUGUCAUGGAGAUGAAGGAGUAAGGCAACAUAGGGAUUAUGGGGAGCAACUAUUUCUGGAGAAAGAGAUGUGAUAAUUCAUAGACACAAUCAGACAGGGAAUGAGAGAUGGUAGCAUCCAGAAUAGACAGAACUCUUUAAUAAAUUCAGUUCACUGAUUUAUAUACAGUUAUGUUAAUUCACUUUAAUUUAUCAGUUGUUACAGUACAUACAUUAAAGUCAACAAAGACUUGUAUUUGUCAUCAAGCCCUUAGUAAUGUCACUGUUUGGUUCCAAUCAUUUUACUUAUUACUGAAAUUUAAAAAGUUUUAAAAUUUUAAAACUUAUUUCAGUUUAAAAAAGCAUAACCACAGAAUUGUAUAUUCCACAGAAUAUUCUGUAUUAAUUAAAUCAAUAGAAAUCUAUUGCACAUUUUAUUGUCAUGCACAUGCUCUAUAUUUUAUCAGAUUAUAUCAAAUUAUUUAAUUUUUUAAUUAUAAGUUUUAUUAAAGUGUUUCAGUACUUGUUACAAUAUACAUGCAUUCAGUUCAAUUAAAUUAGUUCACUAAUCUCAUCCUGCCCAAUUUAUGAACAACUAAUGAAGGUAUUUUGUCAUUUGAUAAUCAAAUUUGCAUAUGUAAUAAAAAAAACACAUCGAUAUUACACUUGGAUGACUGAGUGUGACAGAGUGGUUAUAAUUGGCAGGAGACAUGGGAAACUGGUAAGAGUGGUUUGUACUAAUAAAUAUCUAGAUUAAUUUUUA